AUGCGCGACGCGCAUGACGACGUCGACCCAUGGGCCGAGCCACUCGAGGUGGUCGAGCUUGGUAACGACGUCCCACCAACACCAAACCCACCAUCACAAAUCGAUAAGCCGAAACCCAAGCCCUUUAGGACAGCCCCACUCACUUCACUCCCGGCUCCGAAAGCAACAAACGACAGCUUUGACAGCGGACCCCGCCGCCGCCCAGCGCAUUCGACUCCGCGCGACUCACCCGAACCCUACGCCGCCGCCUCCGGCUCGUCAUUCAGCUCUUCACCACCACGAAGCGCCUCUCACCCUCUCGAGCUCGACACGCACCUCAAGACCCCAUCUGGCAAGGGCCGGGCGCGAUCAUCCUCUGGGCCCUCACCGCUCUCUCCCCUCAACGCAGCCCUCUCGCCGCUCUCGACUUCUGCCUCGACCUCGACCUCACGCCGCUCCCCUCACGCACUUUCAGGCCUUGGCGGGCUGGGUGGCACCCCUCUCUCCGAUUUCCGCGACGUCUCGCGCCCCGGUCUUGCCCGCGCCACGUCUGAGACGGAGCGCGCAGCGAGUGUGGGCAGCUGGAGCGCGACCAACUCGGAUUUCGGCGAGGACGAUAGCGAGCUCGUCGACGUCAUCGUCCAUACUGUGGGCCCCUCCGAGAGCGUUCCCGGCAUCGCACUGCGGUACGGAAUCAAGUUACCUAUAUUGCGGCGCGCGAACAAGCUGUGGCCCUCGGACCCGCUAUUGCGCACGCAACUGUUCGUGCCCCUCGAGAGCUGUAGGGCGACGGCCGAUUCUUGGAUCGAGCGCGACGACGCCGGCGCAGUGUUGGUUCGGAGGGGUAAACGCCGACGAGAGUCACCGGGAUCAGGCGCGCAGUCGCCAGGCAGCACGCUUAGCUCGGAGCCGAGCACGCCGCGCGGCGAGGCCCCGCCUCUGCCGGACACGCCGGGGUCACCCAAGCGGGCCGAGGUAGAACGGAUCGUGCUGGAAGUCGCGCGCGUGCCCGCCUCACAGCUCAGAUUCUUCCCGCACAAGCCUAACCGCGGACGCUCGAGCUUCGAGGACCGGCGGGUUGUCGAGAGUCCCCGCCGACAGACAGGACUGUUUGCGGCUCUCUCCCUUGGUAGCGACAGAGAGGACGAGUACGAGCCCCGCGCGCCACACCGUGUGACUGUUCGCAGUGGUGCGUACGCUGAACCCCCGUCUCCGAAGAAGGAGGUCAAGCCGAAGGAGAAGGAGAAGAAGGAGAAACGGAAAACAAAGGUCGUCCGCCUGCGCCCGCCAGUCGCUCAGCCCCCGCCGUCCCCAGGUGCGGGUAUCGCCAGCCGUCUCCAGAGCUUCUUCUCUGUUCCCCCACCGCCGGCACAUCUUCCCCCACCAGUCCUCCCACCAGUCCUCCCACCAGUCCUCCCACUGGCUGGGACCAGCAACGGAGAGAGGGUAUGCUCGCCCGAGCUCGUCGAGAUGGAAGCUGCGCAUCCAACAGACAAGAAACGCGAUUAG